AGAAGAGAAAGAUUGCAGUUGUGCAGCCAGAAAAACAAUUGCCAUCCACAGUGCCUGUUGAGAAAAUACCUCACGACCUUUGUUUAUUCUCUCACCUGGACACCUCAGGUACUGUCAACGGAAAAUACUGCUGUCCUCAGCUUUUUAUCAACCACAGGUGUUUCUCAGGCCCUUACCUGAACAAAGGGAGAAUCGCAGAGCUACCUCAGUCGGUGGGACCAGGCAAAUGUGUGCUGGUUCUGAAAGAGGUUCUUAGCAUGAUAAUCAAUGCAGCUUACAAGCCUGGAAGGGUAUUGAGAGAAUUACAGCUGGUGGAAGAUCCACACUGGAAUUUUCAGGAGGAGACGCUGAAGGCAAAGUACAGAGGCAAAACGUACCGGGCCGUGGCCAAAAUCGUGCGGACAUCGGACCAGGUAGCAGAUUUCUGCCGGCGGGUCUGUGCCAAGCUGGAGUGCUGCCCAAAUUUGUUCAGUCCCGUGCUGGUUUCGGAGAACUGCCCAGAGAACUGCUCCAUUCACACCAAAACCAAGUACACCUAUUACUAUGGAAAGAGAAAGAAGAUCGUGAAGCCCCCAAUCGGGGAAGCCAGCACUGAGAGCGGACACCCGAAGCCAGCCAGACGUAGGAAACGGCGCAAGUCCAUCUUUGUGCAGAAGAAGCGGAGGUCUUCCGCCGUGGACUUGGCUGCAGGCUCGGGGGAGGAGAGCGAGGAAGAGGAUGCGGAUGCCGAUGCCAUGGACGAGGACACUGGGAGUGAGGAAACCAGCUCCGAGCUCCGCGAUGACCAGACAGACACCUCUUCGGCUGAGGUCCCCUCCGCGCGGCCCCGGAGGGCCGUCACCCUGAGGAGCAGCUCCGAGCCCGAGCGCCGGCCGCCCGUGGAGAGGCCGCGGCGGGGCCGGAGGGCGCAGGCCGCCUCGUGUGCCAAGGGGGCAGAGCAGGGCGUGGCCACUGGCCAGGACCCAGCAGGGGACCCGAAGCAGGAGGAGGAGGAGAGGCUUGUUCUGGAGAGCAACCCGUUGGAGUGGACGGUGACCGACGUGGUGAGGUUCAUCAAGCUGACGGACUGUGCCCCCCUGGCCAAGAUAUUUCAGGAACAGGACAUUGAUGGGCAGGCACUGCUGUUGCUGACUCUCCCCACGGUGCAGGAGUGCAUGGAGCUGAAGCUGGGGCCCGCCAUCAAGCUGUGCCAUCAGAUCGAGCGAGUUAAAGUGGCUUUCUAUGCCCAGUACGCCAACUGACGCUGCCCUCUCGGGAGUUGACCCAGAGUCGUGUGAUGCGGCGUCGUGGGAAGGUUUGGGGACCGACGCUUUAUUUCUUGGAUGAUAAGAGCUGGUACAUACACUCUGUAGCAGUGAAAAGCAAGAAGCACGGAGGACCUCCUUCACCCUCCAGCCUGCGUGAUAGUACCCCGUUUUCAAGCAUACCCAGGGCCACAGCGAGGCUCCUGGAGUGGUGGACGCUGCGGGAAAUGGGAGAGCGUCUCUGUACGUCCACGUCUCGCCUUUCUCCCUCCGGAAACCAGGCAGCUCCCUGUGAAGGGCUUUCCUCAGCCACGGUCCACUUUGCUUUGAUGUCUUUUCUGAAUGUGCCCAGGGAGGACGCAGGCUGGUGGUUUUGCUCUGGUCGUUCCAGACGCUUCUUUCGUGACGACGCCCAUGGGGCCGUGGCUGCGUGGCUCAGUUGGAUCUUGGUGGCAACUUAGUUCUCAGACACACUUGUUGCAGGAUGCGGUUACAAAAGGAUGGGCUAGACUUGCAUCACCUGUCACAGGUGCCUUUUAGGAAGUGGGGGGCGUGAAGGCAGGCGGCAUAUUGGAAGGAGACCGUUCUUCCCGAGUGACGGACAUCCAGAGCCUGUGGAGCUUUCCGUUUGCAGUCUUUUAUAGAACUUCACAUAUUGCUCACUUUCUCAUUUAAUUGUGACCAGAUCAGGAGUGAUUCCUUUAGUCUGUUGGGAAAUGCUGAGCUGUGUAUUGAAGGAAAAGCUUAACGUCAGAGACGAGGGGGAAGAGGCUUCGGGAAGCUUUUAAUAAAGCAGCUGUGUCCCCAUAGAAGGAUCCCGCAGUGAGUGAGUGGCUUUGAGUGCCACUUGGAUCAACCUGGCCCUGGGACGUCCGACGGGAAGCAGGGCAGCCACCUGGCUCGGCCCUGCUCUUCUGCUGGUCCGGCUGACGGCCCCCUGUGAUCCUGGAUGACCACAUCACUCUGGAGUCUCUCGUCCGCCUCCUGCUAAGGGAAGGGUCUCAAUCCGCCAACAUUGAGACACCGUAGGUGAGAAAGAAUCACAUCAGCAGUGUUUACUGUUUCCGGCAGCCCACUCUGGCUUGGAGUGUGCCGAAGACAUUUCUUGGGCAGUUUUCAUUAAAUCCGUGAAGUCACUUGUAGAGAGAUCUGGGACUCUUGAGCAUUGGCUGGGUUUUCUUUUUGUACCAAGCACUUCAUCUGCGUAUGCCUGUGAGGGACCCAGUGUGCUCACUCCAACCCGAAUGGAUGGCCCUCCUCCGUUGGGAGGCGUCCAAAUGCCUUUCGACGUGCGUGCAAGGAAACCAGACCUUGAGAGAGUCUGGACGUGGACACGGAGGGGAGCACGGCCUUCUGCUGCUCUUGUGCCAUAAUUACCUUGAUCUUUUCUCCUUGAUCACUAUCCACUGCUGGCGGGGCAUCAUGGGGUGGGCUGCUGAGCUGUCCUGUUUCUGCAUACAUUGUAAAGCACGAUUAUCUGUCAGAUUUUGCCAAGUUUGAUGACCAACGCUAACCUUCAUUCACGGUCUGUCCCUGUUAACAGAUGCAAAUGGAAAACCGAUUUUGCCAGGUGAGUUUUUCCUUUCCACCCUAGCUGACUUCUCCCACCAAGUUUGAAACGUUUGGCAAGUGGGCUUGCCUGGGGACCUGUUCUGGAAGGACCAGCGUCCCACACCGGAAGUGCCCGUGGUGACUCGUGCUUGGCUCGCAGUCGGGGCUUCUGUGUCCCACGCCGAGGGGUCCGCCGCCUCCCGGGUUCCCACUCCUGCCUGCCUUCUCAGCCACAUGCUUCUAGCCUUACACACUCAGCCUUGUGGAGUCGAUUGGAAAGGGUAUCCAUUUCAAGAUCUUUGGCAUUUUCCCUGUGCUGACUCACUCGCGAUCCUUCGCUGUGGCCUUUUCAAGCUGAGCUAUUCCUGUCGCAUCUGAAACCGGAGCGAGGGGGUGUGGUGGCUGCAACGUAAUGUUGUACUUUCAGAACGGAUGUCCCCUCCUCGUGCCCUUUCAAGGAAAGGCGCGGGGGAGGAGGUGCUACAUGGGAUGAGGCAGAUCUUGCAGGCGUUGCUGGAGCUGGAAGGCCUCCCCUUGGCAGCCCGGGCAAGACACGGCCACCGUUGCUGGGGAAGCUUCCUGCUUCCGUGUGCCCGACACCUCCUUGUCCUCAGUCCCUCUCUGUGCGGCGAUCUGUCACUUCACCCACGUCCACGUAAUGGUGCGUGGUCAGCAAGACGUGGCCGGGGCCAGAGGCAGAAGGCCCGGCUCCGGGGUAACCAUCACGAAGGUCCUGUAUGUGUCCCCUCCUGGCCCUCCAAGAGCCAAGAAACCUUUUAGGGCCAAGAAGAUGCUUUUGCUGUGAGUGUUGCCACCGUCCUCCUGAACUUGGAUUCUUUGGGGGAUUCCCACUGGUGGGUGUACUUCCUGUCGGUAGCAAGUUGGCAACGGAAUGGUGAGGUGGUGUUCGUUCCUCUGUAGGAUUCACCUCACGUCAGCUUCUGUCUUAUCAGUAGGGCCAGUUUCCAAGGCACAUUUUACCGUGUUGUUACUGUGUCUCUUAAGGCAGGAAAUGCUGAUUUUACACCUCUACCCACCCACCCCCGCCAGGACCACCACAGCCCCAGCCAAACGCUUCUUGGUUGAAAUGCCAGCAAGUGACGCCUCUCCCCCGCUUCUCUGUCCCCAGAUGCUUCAGUCUCUGCUCUGUCUCUAUGAUAAUACUUCGGGACCAAAGUCCUGUCCUCUGUGUAGCCGGGUCCUGCGUACACCAUGCCGCUCU